AUGAAGUCGGUUGUGUUCUUGUUGAUCGCGCUAGUCGUGGCAUCCAAUCAGACGCUCAACUACGAGGAUGUGCUUGCUGCCGAGUUUGAAUUCUUCAAGAUGGACUAUGAGAAGAGCUACGAGAACAGCUACGAAGAGAAGCUGCGCAGCCAGAUCUUUAAGCGCAACAAAGAAACCAUCGACGAGCACAACGCACGCUAUGCCAGAGGCGAGGAGACUUACAUGAUGGGCAUCAACCAAUUCUCAGAUAUGCUGGCAGAGGAGUUCCAGGAAAUGAUGCUGUCAAAUGUGAACACCUCUGAAUUUGCCUCCAGCAUUGACUUCAUCUAUGCGCCUCAUAACAUUGACAUACCCCACGAGAUAGACUGGCGUGCAAAGGGCGCUGUUACCGCAGUGAAAAAUCAGGGUGAAUGCAGAUCCUGUUGGGCGUUCUCUGCUACAGGUGCUCUGGAGGGGCAGCACUUUAUAAGGACAAAGCAAUUGAUACCGCUAUCCGAACAAAAUUUAAUGGACUGCUCCGCGCGGUAUCAAAAUUAUGGCUGCCGCGGCGGCUGGCCGUCACAUGCUUUAAAAUAUGUGGAGGAUAAUAGAGGCUUGGACAAUGAUCAGGCAUAUCCAUAUGAGGGCCACGUUGGAGAAUGUCGUUUCCGUCGUUCAAGCAUUGGAGCCACAGUCUCACGAGUGGCACAAGUGCGACGCGAUGAAAAUGCAUUGGCCCAAGUUGUCGCAGAAAAGGGUCCUGUUUCGGUAGCAGUCGAUGCAAGGAGAUUACAGCAUUAUCGGAGCGGCGUCUUCAACGAUCCGAUCUGUGGCGAUCCCGUGAAUCAUGCCAUGCUGGCAGUUGGUUACGGCCACGACCAGCGUGGCGGCGACUUUUGGCUGCUCAAGAACUCCUGGGGUCGCUGGGGAGAAGAGGGCUACAUGCGCUUGGCCCGCAACCACGGCAAUAUGUGUCAGGUGGCCAGCUAUGCCAUUCUGCCCAUUGUCUGA